UCUUCUAGUUACGAAAUCGUGUGUGCAGAAGAAAAAUUCCACAAACUCUAGCCAGCAUUCUGUUACUCUGCUUAAGUAGAUCGCAACACGAAGUUUUCUUAUCUCCCUAAACCGUUAGUAAAUAAGAAAAACCAAAAUACCUAUUUGUUAUUCUAAGUUGUCGUGGAGACUAAUAAAAAUUCUCCCAUAAAUAUUUUGCCAAAAUCCUCCCACUUUCUAAUCGUGUUGUAUAUUAUUUAUAAUCAAUAAUUAAUAUGACAUCAUAAGGAAGAAAUUAACUGAAUUCUAUCUAAUUCAGUCAGGAGCAUUAAAAAUAAGGCCACAUCUCCCAUAGCACUCACUAAAUCGAACCUACAAUUUGGUUGCCUUUUUUUCAUUAGAAAAAAGUUUCAGUAUUCAAUCCAAAAGAAUACAAAAUUAAGUGACAAUGUUAUCCCUUUACUAUAUCACUGCAACAUUUGUCCAAUCGUGGCGCAUUCAGAAAGCUUGCACAAAAAUCGCGGAAAAAUUUUCUGAGAAAUCCAGUGUAGUAUUCUAUGUACUACCAAAAGAUGGUUAUGAAGCAAAUCUAGUCACUUCAGAACUAUGCACUAAUCGUUCUGAAGCAAAGGUCUGUGACCUUCUUUGGAUGUUUGCCGAUCACAGAGGUUGCUGUUUAACGCCAUCACAAAACAUUCACAUUGGCCCAUGGGUUACGUUCCCUGAACCACCUACUUUAAUUCCAUUCAAUUGUAGUUCGUCGUCGUCAGAUGAAGAACUCAAUUUGGAUAAGGGAAAAAUUGUGCAUUUACUCCUUGAGACUGAUAUUAUUCCAUCAUUGCAGGAAACCAGUUUGGAAAAUGUUAUGAUUGAAAAAUACGGUAAGCCAAUUGCAUGGAAAGUCGACUCACAUUUUGCGGUACUACUUGAAAGCGACAUUGAUCAUUUUACAAACCUACUCAUAGCAACAUUUUUGCAAAACAAUUUAUGCAUUAACGAUUCGCUACCUUUAAUUCGUAUUGAAUCUGUUGGAUAUGAAGGUCAGCCUCAACCUUAUGAAGUGAUGAAAAAACAUUUUCGCAAGCAGCUCACAUCACGAUGUGAAUUUCAACUUGGCGAAGAAGAAUGGCUUAAGCACUUAGAUGGCCUACGUAGUUUAAGUGUGUUGGCAAACCAGGCAACCGAAUUUGAGUACAAUAAAAAUCGAACAGAAGGCAAAACUGGAAUAGUUAAACCAGAUUUGAUACCAUCGGGUAAAAAUCUAUCUGAUCUUUCAUCUCAAACUAAUGAAGAAGUUGAUUCCCGAAAAUCAUCGCCCAUCAAGGUACUAAGUGAAAAACCUAAAAUAGAAGCCAAGGUUAGUCCAAUGAAGCGUGUGCCUGAAGAGCCAGCAAUUAAGUCAGUUAAAGAAGAUUCCGUUAUAAAAUCUUCACCCAAGUCACCCACAAAACCAGUCGAAGUUAAAAAACCAAAUCCCACCGAAGAAGUAAUCGAGACGAAGCCGUCUCAUUUAGAAUCAAUAGUUACUGCUAAAAUCGAACCUAUUCCAAGAACAAUAUCAGAACCUCCUCCAGUUGUAUCUGGAGUUCCAGUAGACAAAGCUGUUAUCAAAGAUGAGAAAAAGGCUGAAACUUUGGCAAGUAAAACCUCAGAUGCGAUUUCAGCUGUUAAAAACAAUACUAAACGGCCAAGUCUUCGAAGAAGCAAAGAAAGUCUGAAGGAGUGUAAACCUCUAAAUAUUUUAGUCUACUCUGAUGUUGCAACUUCAAGAGAUAAUGUGGUUUCAACACUUAAAAAUAUUCUGGAGAGAGAUAUGUAUACUGUCUAUCCUCUGACAUCCCAACAAGUAAAAGAAAAGUCAUGGUUUGACAACACGUCGCUUUUGGUGAUAUGUGGAUCUGUUACUUCCGAUUUAGGAGAGAUUUUAGUAGACUUUUUUCUACAAGGUGGGAAACUUCUCUCCCUGUGCUCUGAUGUCUUGCACAUUGUACUCCCAACAUAUCGUACUGCCGAGGUUCGUGAACAUGAGCUUGUUCAGUUUUCUUAUGAUAAAUGGCAAAAAGUUAAGAUGAUGCAUUAUAUUUUUUGUUACCAUCCAUCGCCGGUAAAAAAGAAUUUUUCCACCGAUAGUGAAGAAUCGAGUUCGACUCUGUCAAAAAAACCAGCUCUAGUGUGUCCAAGGUCCAUUGAAAUGAAAGAUCUACAAGGAGACAUGCACAAUUUGGACGUUAAGGUUCUGGGUUCUGAGGAGACGUGGAAUACUCCAAGUUUGCUUUUGGCCACCAAUUUGAAGAGCGGCGGAAAAGCUGUAUUCUCUCAGGUGCAUUUGGAAACAAAUCCAUCUGAAUACGAGUCUGAUGAAAGUAAAUACAAAGUUUUGAAAGAGAAUGAAAAAAAUCGUUUGGAAAUUUUUGCUGAUCUUUUGGUAAAACACCUUGGUUUCACGACGAAAAAAGACGCAGUAUUACAGGAACCAAAAAUAACCUACCAAAAUGCGUUUUUUUUGGGAAGACAUGAGCUUAAAUUUGAAGUUCUGGAAAAGCUAAAGAGCUUAUACAAUGCUGAUAAUAUGAUACAAACAUCAAAGCUCUCAAUGAAAUUCUGUGGGAAAAAUGAAACAGUUCCAAGCGCCAAAACAAAUGUUCUUCCAAUUUUAAUUCAUAAUUGUCCCGAUGACUUUUCAACUAUUGAUUACUUUGAUAAUUUAUCAACUAAAGACAUUGGUCGUUUAGUUAUUUAUGCGCCAAUAAUAAGCAGUUCAAUGCAUAUUAUUUCUGAAUUAAAUCUCACUCAUGGGAUAGCCGUUUUGCCAAGGCAACAAACUGAUGGCCUUGGUCGAAGUAAUAAUCAAUGGUUAAGUCCAUUGGGAUGUGCUAUGUUCUCACUACAACUCCAUAUACCUUUGAAUUCACCAUUGGGAGAAAGAUUGCCUUUUAUUCAACACAUAAUUGGAAUUUCUGUUGUGAAUGCCAUUAAACAGCUUGAAAAGUAUGAGUUUCUUGAUAUUGCUAUAAAAUGGCCAAAUGAUAUCUACAUCAAUGGAACAAAUAAAAUUGGAGGUCUCAUAGUAACAAGUACUUUAACUGGUAACUUGGGAUUGGUUAACAUUGGAGUUGGCCUUAACUUGGAUAAUAAAGUUCCCGGUGUGUGCAUAAACGAUCUAAUACAAGAACACAACCGAAUUAGUCAUCAGAAAAUUCCUCUAUUGGGUUACGAACGUUUGAUGGCUCUAAUUUUCAAUGAAAUCGAAAGACUUAUAGAUAUGGCACAAAAUGGCAGGAUGGAUGAAAUAUACCCACUUUACUAUAGCCUCUGGUUGCAUGAAGAACAGGAAAUUGAAAUUCAAGAUCAAAGUGGUAGAAAAGAACAGGCAACCAUCAUUGGUAUUGAUGAAUUUGGCUUUUUAAAAAUCAAAACUAAGAAAAAUAACAAAGUGACGUCAGUUCAACCAGAUGGAAAUAGCUUUGAUAUGCUGAAAGGAUUGAUCCUUCCAAAGUGGAACUAAAAGAAAAAUAUCAUUCGAUUAUAAUCGAAGAUGACGCGUUCUGGUGUCAAAAAUUAAACAACACUAGUCAUUUUAUUGGAAAGAACUUCAAUAUAUAGAAGUUUAUUCUGGGAUUGUUAAAUAUAAAAUCGCUCCGAGUCUGAAUUCCAUAUGAUCGGAUGCGGGAAUCAAGUCUGUUAAAUUGUCUGCGCAUUCCAGUUAUUUGCUUUUUUCUGCUCAUUGUGUGUUCGAGUCAAUUUAUACUUCCGUUUAAGAUAAUAAAUUAUUCCUAAUAUUUACGUGUUAAUUUUAAACAAAUCAUUUUAUAACCUAAUCUAUAGAUAAUAUUAAUUAUUGUACUUUAUUGACUGUAAUGUAUUGUAAUGAUUAAAAGUUUUAACGGACAGCAUAGAAUGGAGGCUGAUAGCACAAUUAAGUUUGAAAACUAUCAUUGGUAUAAUCAAAAUGUAUGGGAAUAAAAAGAAGUGAAAAAUUCA